AUGACUGAAUACUGUGCAGUGCAAUCAAAGCUGGCGACAGUGCCCAGACGCUAUGUUUCUGAUUAUUUUUCUGAAAGUCAGAGCCCAAGCACCCAAUCGCAGCGUCUAGAUGUCAACAAACUGAUCAGGUCAAAUUUUCUCGAUUGGCACCACAAUUUGAGAAUUGUUCUCAAAUAUGAGAAAAUGGAUUAUGUCCUUGAGCAACCUUUUCCAAGAGUACCUACUAAAAACUCGAUUGAGGAAAAUGUGGCUGCUUAUAAUGAACACAGUGAUGACAAUAAUACUGUAGCAUGUAUGAUACUUGUAGCUAUAUUGUCUGAGUUGCAAAAGCAACAUGAGUGUAUAAAUGCUUUCACUGUGAUUUUUCAUCACAAGAAGUUGCAUGAUGAACAAUCACAUAUGGAAAGUUAUGAGACUACGAGAAACUAUAUUGAUGUAAAAUGGCAAAAAGAUUUUUAG